GAUUGCAUUAGGUGUUAGUCGAUUAAAAGUUCAAAAUUGAGCAUUAUGAGGCGACUGAUUAACAAACAUAGAAUCGGUCGGUGGAAUUGUUGAUCAGAAGAAAAAAGAGAGAGAAAAAUGGGUUUGAUUUGUAACCGAAUCGAAAGGCAUGAGAUCAAACCCGGCGACCAUCUCUACACUUACAGAGCUGUUUUCACUUACUCUCAUCACGGAAUUUUUGUUGGGGGAAGCAAGGUAGUACAUUUCAGACCUGAUCGAAACUUCAAGUCAAUCACCGAGACAUCUUCCAACUUUAACGAUCCACCACCAACCCCGUGUCCAACCUUUCCUGAUUGUGGAUUCCGUCAACCAAACAGUGGAGUCGUUCUUUCUUGCCUGGACUGCUUCCUUCGAAACGGUUCUCUUUACCGUUUCGAAUAUGGAGUUUCACCAACACUUUUUCUCACCAGAAUAAGAGGUGGCACAUGCACUACCGCGUUACCCGACCCGCCGGAGACCGUUAUCCAUCGAGCAAUGUAUCUCCUUCAAAACGGUUUCGGUAACUAUGAUGUUUUUCAGAACAACUGUGAGGAUUUUGCAAUGUACUGCAAAACCGGUCUUUUGAUUGUUGAGAAACAAGGAGUUGGAAGAAGUGGUCAAGCUUCUUCUGCUAUCGGUGCUCCGUUGGCCGCUAUGCUUUCUUCUCCUCUCAAAUUGUUAAUGCCAAGUCCUGUCGGUAUCGCUACGGUGACAGCAGGAAUGUACUGCGUGAGUAGAUAUGCAACUGAUAUUGGUGUGAGAAGUGAUGUCAUCAAAGUCGGGGUAGAAGACUUGGCUGUGAACUUGGGAUGGAAUUGUUCCGAUGCGGAGGAGGAGGAGGUAGUUCAAGAUGAAAAUUCAACCUCACUCAUUACCAUAUGAUUUAGAUAAAAUUAAUUCACGAAAGUUCUGUCUGUGUUAUUUAUUUUAAGUUGUUGUAUUACACUAGUAAGUUGGUCGCAGAUAUGAAUCUUUAUUUUACUUCUGCUGAACUAAUGUAUAAGGCCUUUUUUAUUUUCUUUCUUCAUGUAUUCUGCGAUUAUAGUUAGUGCAAGCUACUCAGGUUGUGAAUGGCAGUAAUACUUCUUGUUGCUACUUGUAAUGUCUAAUGAUAAGAUCUUUUCCUAUGA